AUUGCAAGUAAUGCAAUAAGGAAAAUAUUUGUGUUGUUGUUAUUAACUGUGUUGAAUCACAUGUGAUGAAUUUUCUGCGGCGCUAGAUGGAGCCACCGAGACAUAACUUUGAUACAAAGCCUGUUGAUCUAUUUCAAUUGAAUGCUUCAACUUUUGGAAUGUAUCCUUGUGUUCUUUUUUAUCUAUUAUUCUGUUUUUGUCCCAUUAAAGUAAUAAAUUCAUUUACGUUAUAAAUAAACACGCAGUAACGCACAUUUUGCCCUGGAAUGCAGCGCAACUCGUGGAGAGCAGCAGGACACCGUGCGCUUAUUGGUUGACCAAAUUUUGGGGCCGUCCGAUUGGCCCGAGACGAACUUUAGGUGUGAUUGAUAGAUAGGGCAAGAGAGAACUUUUCAUUGGUUAGUAAACACUAGUCAGUUAGUGCAGGUCGGGACUUUGUGAACUGACCCCGGGUGGGAAGGGUUUGUGCGCCAUGGUCAUUGACCUUUCUGGUUUUUAAAAGAUGCUCUUCGAAUUACAAAUGCACUGCGUGUUAUUGGAUAACCUGGGUGGUUUUGCGUUAAAAGUACUUAAACUGCACAACUCUUGUACUGUUGCAGUGCUUGAAUAGCUGUGCGCACUGUGCGAACUCUUUUACGCAUGGGUUUAAUUGGCACUGUAAGGAUGCGCAUUGCGCUUCUGGUGACUCUGGGUUGCGGGUUCGUGUUUGCAUGUCAGCUGCCCACCGAGUGGCGACCCCUCAGCGAGGGCUGUCGGGCUGAACUCGCCGAGAUCAUCUUGUACGCCAAGGUGCUCGCCAUCCACGAGGAGCCGUACGCGUCCAGCCUGUUCAACUACCUGCCGUACCAACAGUACGAGCGCACCGAGGACGCGCUGCUGUACGCGGCGGAGGUUGAGUUACUGUGUGACCAGGCGUGGGGCAGCAUGCUGGAGAUGCCCGCGGGAUCGCGCAUCAACCUCACGGGACUCGGGUACUUCAGCUGUCAUUCGCACACGGUGAUGGAGAACAACUCUUACAUCUUUUUUCUUAGAAUGGAUGAAAACUACAACAUCCUCCCUCAUGGAGUGAACUUCCAAGAUGCCAUAUUCCCAGAUACGCUGGAGAACAAACGACUGUUUUCCAGUCUCUUCCAGUUCUCAAACUGCUCUGCUGGACAGACGGUGUACAACUUUAAUAGUGACUGGGAGAGCCAGGAGGACAUCAGGCUGAUGUGUUCCUCCAUGCAGAAGGUGCUGAUGGAGGAGGAGGAGCGGGUCGGGAAGCUCCAGGAACUCGUGGCCGAGCUUGAGAGGAAGAACAAACAAUUGAGACAACGCGUCGGGAAACUGCGACAUUCACUGCGGAAGACCAGGAGAGCAUCACAAGACGCCGAGAAGGAACGGCAGGAGCUGCGAGAACGACUGAGCACGGAAGAAAGGCAUGCUGGUCAUCAUCUUAAUGCCAUCCCACCCCGACACAGAAACACAUAGACUGUGAGCUUCAACAAACAAACACAGGGCACCCAAUGACACUUACACAAACACUCUUACAGGUGGACUCUUACAGACUGCAGGGUGGUCUGUUUGUCACAAUAUCAUUCCUUGUAAUGACUGCUUAAAUCCUUUCUGCUAACAAGAAUUUAAAGUGGUCACCCAAAAAGGAAAAUCAUUUACUCACCCUCUCAUCAUUUCAAACCUGUAUGAAUUGUAUUAGUUGCGUAGAACACAAAAGAUGAUAUUUUGAAGAAUGUUGGUAACCAGCACACAUUCACUUGCAUUGGUUUUAUGUCCAUACGAUAGAAGUGAAUGGGUGCCAAUGCUGUUUGGUUAACAACUUAUCUUCUUUUGUUUUCUGCAGAAAAUAGUUGUACAGGUUUGAGACCACAAGAGGGUGAAUAAAUGAUGUCAGAAUCUUCAUUUAGAAUUUCAAUUUCCAGAAUUUGUAUUUCUUUGCUCUCUAAUAAUACACAUUCCUGAUGUUGUGCAAAUUAUUCCAAAGAAGAAAUGUUUGUGUUAAAAUCGGUUUUGCUGUAAUUUUUUUGCUGGUUGAUAUGACAACAGUUUGAGAAAGAUAAAAAAAUAACUGUAGAUUUUAACCUUCAGCUCCAAAAAUGCUGUAAAUUGCACACUUUGUAUUUAAUUUAGGCCUUAGGUGCGAUAUAUAUUUUUGUUUUAUUAACCUAUUUUUAAGUGUGUAAGAAAUGAAUCCUCUUUGUUAGGAAAUUUAAGAUGAUCAUUUUUGCCAUCCAAAAUACAAUGUGAAAGAAGGUGGGCCUGGAUUUCUUUGUGGUUUAGUUUGGCUUUCCUGGUACCGAGUGAAUAGUUAAAAACUGCUGGUUAGGGGUGAAAAUGUGUUUGAGUUUAGUUCCGUUCGAUUGUGUCAAUUCGAUAUGAUUCAUAAAUAUUUUAUAGGUCUAGGAUAAUAGAAUACCUUAUCCUGUCAUCCUAUAUUUGACAUAUUUUCAUUUUGAAGAGAUGGCAAUAACAAUGAACCAUUAUCUUUGCCUUGUCACAGAAUAUACUUUAUAUUGUUUGGUUGAGUUUUAUGUAAAACUUGUAAAUAAAUAAAUCAAAGCAAUUAGGCUGUAAUCUG